AAUAUUUUCAUUAUCUGAUUAUCUAACAGAACAUUCAGAGUAAACAUUAGAACAUGCAAAGAUAUCAAUAAUCUCGGGGAUUACCAUCAGCUGAUCAAAACACAGACACUCAAAAAUGCUGUAAGUUGAUAGAGGCAUGUCUCAACUUCCGGGAUCAUGUGGAUAUCCAAUAUUUGGCGACAAGUCGGUGGAAUUCUACAGGGACCCUGAACUGUUUAUCACCACAAAAAUAUCUGAGACCUCAUCCAAAGUCUUUCUAACAAGACUUGUUAAUACACCAACUAUAUUUGUUUGUUCACAUCAGGAAACAACUGAAAUUCUAUAUGAAAAAUCGAGAGAUUUCGAUCAUGGAUAUAGAGAAUUUCUUUACAAUUCUUAUGGAGACAAUCUUUUGUUUGAAAAUGGAGAAGCAGCAAAGUUAUUAAGGAACUGUCUCACUCCUAUAUUCACUAAUAUUACACAGUAUGAAUCGAGUAUCGAGGAAUUUUUUGGGAAGUUUUUCGAAAAUUUCCCACCGAAUGGAGAGUUAGUCAAUGUAUAUGAAGAAUUUAAAUCUCUGAUGACAAAAUUCUGUCUUAAAUUUUUUCUUGGAUUUUCAGAUACAUCAUCAGAAAUGUCAAAAUCUAUUUCUGAGUUGGCAACAUUGCAUUGGCAUGGCAUUAUAUCACUUCCUGUUAGUGUUAAAAUUCCUUUUGCUGGUCAAUCUGGUUGGAGCAAAGCAAUAGAAGCAAAAGAAAAACUUCUUAUUCAUAUUAGAAAAAUGAUAGCAGCAGAGAAGAAUAAUAGUUCAUCAAAACUGGAUGCAUCAGUACCCAAAAACGAUGCCUAUGUCAAUCCUAACAAGUCCAACGUUAUACAACAGAUGCUUCAAGUGCCAUUUAUGAAUAGGGAUAAAAAUGUAGAACAGCAUAUUUUACUCUUCAUAUCCUCUCUUAUUCCAAAAGCUUUUUCUUCUAUUAUUACUUCGUUCAUAUUAGAAAUGGCUGGGAAAGAAAAAGCUAAUUUACGUGAGAGUGCUGCAUUAGAUUCUGAACUUCUUUCAAGAAUUUUAUUAGAAGUUCAGAGAUUAUGGCCUCCGUUUUUAGGAGGACGACGCAUUGCAAAUAAAGAUACGACUAUUGGUGGCUAUAAAAUACCAAAAGGUUACGCUGUAAUUUAUGUCUCAUAUUUUGCCCAUAGAGAUAAAAAUGUGUUUAAAAAUCCUGAUGAAUUCAAUCCAGAUCGAUGGUUAAAUCAGGGAAAUACUAUAUCAGCAAAUUCUAUAUUCACUUUUGGGGGUGGGGAACGUGUAUGUAUCGGACAUUGUCUCAUUCAGUAUAUCCUACAGCGUUUGACAAAAACUUUACUUGAAAAAUUUACAUGGGAAAUUGAUGGUGAUGUCAACAAUACAAAAAAGUACAAAUUACUCCCAGUCGCAAGACCUACAGAAUUGCCUUGCGUUAGAUUUCAUAAUAAAAUAUAGUUGAUUAUUUUUCUCACAAUUUUUGUCGUUUUACCUC